GCCCCGCCUCCGCCCCUGCCCCAGCGCACAACAGAGCUGGGAGCCCGACAGCAAGGGUGUAUCGCCGCCCGAGGAGCGGGGAGCGCGGCGGCGCGGCGGCAGAAGAAACCACCGAGGACACCCCUGAAAGAGCAGGAGCACGUGGGCCUGCGAGGAUGGCGCUGACAACAGCCCCGCCAGGCGGCGCCCCUCAGCCGGGCCAGACGGCAUCACCUCUGCCGCAAUGGCCGCCGCCAACAACGCCGAGGCGGCCCUGCCUGCCAAGAAGCGGCCACCGCGCAAGCGCAGCCGAGGACCAGCAGGUGGGCGGGGUCGCGAGCCGGAAACGCCCUUCACUACGGGCCCCUCCGACAACCCAGCCGGCCGGAACUGCCUGGAGUUCCCACCUCCGGGCGGAACUUCGCGUCGCCCGGCAACCGGUGCGGGCGCGUCAGACUCGCUCCACGCUCCGGGGAGAAAGCCUUCGGUAACAGAGACCCCCUGCGCGGACCGCCUCGCGUCCCGCCCGCUUCCCCGAGAACCGUGUCCCCGCGCGCCGCGGCAUCCCUGCCCCUGGCACUACUUAUACGUCUCCGGCUCCCACCUCUUUUUAACCCCCACCUGCUUCAGAGUCCGCCUCCACCGAAGGGGAGGCGGUUCGACCCCCAACAUGUCGGCGUUGACAGACCGCAGCCCUCGGACGACCGAGGCCUCUGGCACCUACACCUACACCAGCAAGCCCCGGGCCUUGUCUUGCCAGCGCCACCGCUACCGGCCCAGCCUUUUGCAGCCAGCUGAAGAACCUUUGACUUUUGGAAACAUAAUGUAUGACAGAAGGGUGGUCCGAGGCAACACCUAUGCACUUCCCACAGGACAAGUGCCUGGACAGCCUGAUCCUCUAGAGCUUCAUCGACAGCAGCAGGCCAGGAGGAAGGCUCUUGCCAGAAAACGAGCCCAAGAGCAGCUCAGACCACGGACGCCUGAGCCAGUGGAGGGCAGAAAGCAUGUGGAUGUGCAGACAGAAUUAUACCUUGAAGAAAUUGCUGACCGCAUAGUUGAAGUCGACAUGGAGUGUCAGACAGAUGCAUUUCUGGACAGACCACCAACACCCCUCUUCAUCCCUGCCAAAACCGGCAAAGAUGUAGCCACUCAAAUACUAGAAGGAGAGCUCUUUGACUUUAACCUUGAAGUCAAACCAAUGUUAGAAGUUCUCGUGGGGAAAACAAUUGAACAGGCCCUUUUAGAAGUGAUGGAAGAGGAGGAGCUGGCCAACCUGAGGGCCUAUCAGUUUUCAUAUGAAGAGAUAAGGAAUGUUGAGCUGGCUGAAGUGCAGCGACUGGAAGAGCAGGAGAGGAGGCACCGAGAGGAAAAGGAACGCCGUAAGAAGCAGCAGUGGGAAAUUGUACAUAAGCACAAUGAGGCGUCACAGAAGAUCUCAGCUCGAGCAUUUGCACAGCAGUACCUGUCUGACCUUCUUCCGUCUGUCUUUGACAGUCUCAGGAACAGUGGCUACUUUUAUGAUCCAAUUGAAAGAGAUAUUGAGGUAGGAUUCCUUCCAUGGCUAAUGAAUGAAGUUGAAAAAUCCAUGGAAUACAGCAUGGUGGGAAGAACCGUGCUUGACAUGUUGAUCCGUGAAGUGGUUGAAAGAAGGCUAAAUACUUACGAGCAUAAGGGCAACCUGCAGUCCUCUCCGAGGCAGGAUGAUUUGUUCAGAGAUCCUGAGAGGAUGCCAGAUUCCUUGAUGUCCGACUAUUUCCCAGGCUGAGUUUAACCCUUGUCAUCAAGAAGAUUUUAACAGCCACCUUAGAAACCAUUGGCUUAUUGGGGGGGGAGGGGGGAGAAGGGAGAAAUAAAAAUGUAAGGUUUAUUUUUUUCUUAAUUUAUUUACCUAUUGUAG